GAGUCCCGGUUCAGUAGAAAAAAAACUCGCGAGUUUCGAACGGCUCGGUCGUCAAUACUGGACCACACCGCACACGUGCGUUAGAGUUACGUUUGUAGUCAUUCUGUGUCCUAAAUUUAACGUAAACUUGCUGAAGGGUUUAACUCAAAAUGAAACCGACCGUGUACGAAAACGAGGAUGAGGACGGUGUGUUUCUAGAUCAAGUUUUGGACACAUUGUACGACUUUGGAAGUGGAACCACAUCCAAAAAGAAGAAGAAAAAGCAAAAACUGUGCGAGGAAGAUGAGGUUCCAGCAGGUGAUGUAAAUGUCUGCGGUGUCAUAGAGGAACAUCCCUCAGAGGUGAACAACACUGUCCAGAGCGAGGACAGCAUCCAGCCAGUAAGACAGGUGGAGGUGGAGGUUGUGACCUUCCACGAUCCUUCAAAGAAACAGAGAAAGACCAGAGAGAGCCCGGCAGCUGAUGGCGCACCUCUGCAGCAGACGUCAGAGAAGAAGCCGAUUGGGCCACAUGAUGGUCUGGAUUUGGAGAAGGCUCGCCUGGAGGUGCAUCGCUUCGGAAUCACGGGCUACAAAAAGGAGCAACAGCGUGUCUUUGAGCAGGAGCGUGCCAUCAUGUUGGGAGCCCAUCCUCCAAAGAAGGACUAUGUGAACUACAAGGUGCUGCAGCAGCAGAUUAAAGACAAGAGGAAGAAGGCGAGAGAGGAGGCCCAGCCGGACCUGAAGAAAAAGAAGAAGAGUGAAAGGCCUUCCCUCCAGGUGCUCACACUGACAUCUACACGGGUGGGCAUCUCUAUUUGUAUGGAAGGAGAAGAUGUGCCUGGACAGCAAUGGCUUUGUCACACUUCAAGUUGUAGUUCCUACGUGGGACAGCAGAGGGCAGUAAACAUCAAUGCAGAAACACCUGAAGCUGUCUACAGGGCGCUGUCUGGCAACAAUGCCCCCCCACUGUACAAUAUCGUCAUCGGUUGGUCACAGUGAUGGCUGGUAGCAGCAAGUUCACCUGUUGCCACUUCCUCCUUUGAAGGUGACACUGCAGGGAAACUACACUAGGGAAACUACAAGAAGAGCGCUAUAAAAUGACCAUGAGGCAAAGCUCACUCCUCUCCCAACGUUAGGUAUAAAAUAUUCACUUUACGUCUCCAGAGACAACACAGAAGCCUCGCUGCUUUUGCUCCGUUUGUCUCGCGCUGGAGUUGUUGGGAUUGUGUUUGAGAUGUUCGAUCUCUCCUGUAGUCUUCAUGGACUGAUGAGCUUAGACUGCAAUCAAUCAGUCUGGCCUGCGGUCAGCAGAACAGGCCCACCAGCAUGUCUGGGAUGUUAUGCAGGAGCAGACUGGGGCAGCACACUACCUAGUGGUGCCUGCUUGUGUUCACGGAUAACCGAUAGCAAAGAGUUGAAAUCCUCACGCUAAAUGAAGCAAACCAGUUUCAAAAACCUUUAAAGUGCUCAUGACGCCAAAUAAGUACAUCGAAGGAUAGUUUGUUACUCGUAAAGUAAGAAAUGUAUUCAGAAAGUCAUGCACUGGUUUUCUAGGCUCUAACUACACCAAUAUUCCAUUUAUUAAUAUUAAUCCUACAUUUGAAACUCACUUCUCAUAAUGAGGGACAUGAGGUCAUACUGCUGUCAUAGACAAUAACGAGGACGUAUGAGUGAUGUGAGCGCAGCCAAGCCAAGGCCGUGACAGUCACACAAUAACACAAUGGAAGGCUAAAGUGACCCAUGUUGUGUUGGGGGGGUUACUGGCAGUGGUAGCCGCUAGCAGCUAGCUCUUGUAAUGACCCUGCAAUCUGAGACAAGCCUUUGGACUUCCUGUUGCACACUACAGCCGCUGGCAUCAUAACACGGCACAGCAUUAGCCGCCGUCAGCACCUGGGCUCCAACUUAGCUUUUCCACGCUCCAACGGCUUGUGGGGCAGCAUGGAAACAUUUGGCCCAUCAGCUAGAGAUGAAUGCUAAAUAUACAGUACGAUAACCAAGACCAUAGACCGUAAGAGUGGCAAAAGCAUUGCAGAGGAUGGGAAAUCCCUGUGACUCCUCCCCCACUCAGGAGAAGGUGAUGAACAUCAUCAAGUGGCCAAUAUUUGCUGUUGGAGGGACAUCCAACACGGAACAUGCCAAAGAUGAGGUGAACGCGUGUUGAGGUCAUGAGCACUUUAAGUCACACAAGUGCGGACAGCAGAGAUGCAGCAAAGUCAACAAAGGUCACAGAGGACGCCAAGCACCCGUCACGUGACUGGCCAAACACGGCCAGCUAACCUGCUACCUGGGCGACGACGGAUGAUGACUCGAGCGUGCUCAAGCCAGAGCGGCACCAAAUAGGCCACGCCCCAACAAGCCCAGACACUCGUGGCUGUCCACGUCCACGUUGGCUAGUCCGGGGCAAGCCAUCAGGUCUGAAUGUCGCUGUUAGAAAGGAAGUCAAAUGAAGAAGAAUGUCUGAGAGUCUCUGACGCCUCAUGACGGAGCGGACAGGCGGAGGGGAACCUUUAGAGGGCGGUGUCGUUGGAAUUGUUAGUGUGGAUACAAGAUGGGGGCCCCAGUUACCUAUUGUGUGCAGUUUUUGGGCACCUCCAGACCCGUUGAUAAGGUCACCUGGAGCAAGACAGAGAAGCUGAUGAUUAGACCCGGCUAUGGUCCAGCAUGAAUCCCGUCACAGAAGCUGAGAACCUGCACGUUUCUGUUGAGGCUGACGGCGGGCAUGAAGACCCCGUCCAGGCUCUCGAAGGCAGUCGGCCCGUGUUGUUGCUUGUUGAUGAAGAAGGUCAGUGUGUGCUUGGUGAGGUCCAGGAGGACGCCCACGGUUGAGCCCUUAGUGAUGCCUCCCUCUGCCCUGGGCACACAAAAGGUACAAAAGUCACCCAAUUCCCAACCUGCACUGAGUUGGGAAGGAUGGACACCAGUCAGCUAAAUGCUAAAUGCUGAGGCGAAUGGACUGGAGAGACAAGUUCCAGGUACCGUUUGGCAGUCCAUCUCUUCAGCAGUGACGGAGGUCAUGGUGGUCAUGGUCAUGACACAGCGUUAUCCCCCGUCAAUAAGGUCAUCAAACCUUCCCUCGAUGCAUUCCCACAUAGAAUUUGGGAGUAAAUAUGAGGUGAAAGGUGUAGGCUGGAAUAUCGUAUGGUAGUCUACGAUCUGUGAGAGGAAGUUGGUACCCUCAACGCACGUAUCAUAACCCGUGUAUACAUGUACGUAGAUGCGUAUGGAAUGGUACAUCCCUACUACUCAGCAGUACGUACCUGUUGGUAUGCGAGUUGUUGUGCAUGAACCAGGAGCGGUUGUUGUCCACAUACAUGGCCCAGGCCUUGUCGUCCUUGCCCAGCAUCAUGUCCUUCAUGGUGUUGAUCCUGGCGAUGCCAAAGGCGGGGUCUGGGUGGUUGUCGUAGCGGUCGAUACACACCUCCCAGUAGUGGACACCCUGAGAGGGAAAGGAUCACGGAGUGUUGUCGUAACGCUGCUUGCUAGCAUGAAUCCUCUUGGUGGUCACCUUGGAGAAGGCGGCGGUCCCCAGCACCACGCGAUCGUCAUAGCUGUUACAGGACACCGUCUGGUUCUCGUUGGACAGCACAAUGUCCCUGUGAGCUGAGGUGGGAUCGAAGGCGAACCAAGCCACUGUGGACGAAAGAAGCACGCCGUCGUCAUGCAGUCACCGUGAUGCCGAGUCACUCGCCAAUUGAAUGGUUUGUACGCUGCAUUCAAUCUGGCUCGAUGACUGAUAGUUUAUCCCUCUUGCUAUC